GGCUAAGUCCUACGGUAACAUUGGUGUAGUGCAUUACAGCAUGGGUAAUUAUCCUAAAGCACUUUUAUCGCAUGAAAAAGCCCUUGAAAUUCAACAACAAUCACUUCCACCCACUCAUCCUGAUUUAGCUUAUUCCUACAACAACAUUGGUUUAGUGCAUGACAGCAUGGGUGAUUAUACUAAAGCACUUUCUUAUCAUAAAAAAGCCCUCGAAAUUCGACAAGAGUCACUUCCACCCAGUCAUCCUGAUCUAGCUUCUUCCUACAACAAUAUUGGUAAUGUGCAUAGAAACAUGAGUAAUUAUCCUGCAGCACUUCUGUCACAUGAAAAAGCCCUUGAAAUUCGACAACUAUCAUUUCCUUCCAAUCAUCCUGAUCUGGCUUCGUCCUACAACAAUAUUGGUGAAGUGCAUAACAACAUGCGUAAUUAUUCGAAAGCAUUGUCUUAUUUUGAAAAAGCGCUCGAAAUUCAACAACAAUCACUUCCUUCAAGUCAUCCUGAUGUGGCUUAUCCCUAUAACAAUAUUGGUUUGGUACAUGAAAACAUGGGUAAUUACUUAGAAGCCCGUACAUUUUAUGAGCAUGCUAUACAAAUUGGAGAGCAGUCAUUACCUUUGGAUCAUCCAACUCUACAAAAACGAAGAAAUAACCUCGAACGUGUAAAAAACAAAUAA